UGAAAACACAAUAGAAGAUGUCGCUGAAGCCUAUGGAGAUGGAGCAGAACGCGUAUAGGACUGUUUCGCUUUACUCGGAGGGAAGCACCUCUGAUGGUGAUGAUACUGACGGUGAUGAUGUUGGUGAUGAUGGUGGUGUUGAUAACGAUAACGAUAUCGGUUCCAAUGGUGCUACACAAGGGCUGAGAGCCGAGACGUGCUUGGACUCAGCGUCUGGCUCUGUUACAGAGCUCGUGGAUGACCCUUCACAGUUGGAUAUCAGGCACUUUUCGGACGCCCUCUCGGAGAUGAAGAAGAGCAAGAGCAAGAGCCCUAGUACUACACAUACGAUACAAGAACCCACAACACCCACUGAUGAGUACGAGGACAUUACCCUUUCAAGGGCAAUGGGCAGCCAGCGUAUGAGAAGAACGAAUAGAAGCGUAAGAACACCACUCACAGAUGACCAACUGCCUGUCCAACAACAUCAUUUCAUGGAUCACAGUAUAGGCCUUUGGCCAGAAGGUUCACAGUCUUUACCCUUGUACGAUUCACUGACACGGUCCUCAUUACAGAGGAAUGUUGACGACAUUGCUAUGGGAACUUCCGAUAUUCAGACUGAUGAGCCUUUGAAGUACUUACUGGGAGAGGAGAAGUCGUUGAACCUGAGGUUGAAUGAUUUGAUGAUGAAGCAUCUGGAGGCUUCUAAAGGUGGUACAAGCUCCCAAUAUAUACGGGAAAAUGUUCUUCGCUCCUUCAAGAGCCUGGCACUGGUGUAUCAGGCAAUCACUGAGCUGUACGAUACACAGAUUUCUCAGAAACAAGCUGUAUUAAACUCGUUUAAAGAAUGGGAAACCACUAGGAGGUUGCUCACACUGGAGGUUGAAGAUAUACAGAGUACGGAUAAUGCGGAGGGACAACGACUGAGACAAUUGCAAGAUCAGUUACAGGACUUGGAUCUAGAGAUUUCGAACUUGGAAACGAGGUUGAAACAGCUCAGAUCGAAAAAGAAGGCGUUAAACUUGGAGAUUACAAGAUCCCAGAGCGUCAUUGAAAGUAGAACGAGCUCUCAUCUACAGUCCUUGAAGGAUAUAGAUAGAGCUGAAAGGGAUGUCGUUGCCAAACUGUUCGCUGGGAGAGCACCAGCGCCUCCAGUCAACGAUGGACCUUUCCCAAAGUCCUCAAUGUUGGGCUCCUUCUUGACGAGAUUUACUUCACAGUCACUCCCACGAGAAUCUAACUACGACCCUGUGCAAAUAAUCGAUAUAAUUGAAAGACAGGUACAGACACUGUCUGAUGCAAGCCAUGAUUAUUCAAUAAAGGAAAAGGUCUAUGAACACAGCUUGUUGAUAUGGGAAAAUGCAUGUCAAAUCUUGUCAGACCUAGAGAAUGAUCUUAAACUCACGUUGAAGUCACAGACUGGUGCCUUGAGUAAUAACGCAGUGAUCAAGGCGAAACUUCAAUCUCUAUUACAAGACUCAUUACAGUUGCUGAGGUCAAGAGUUAAUGACGUUAGUAAGAUGAAUGACAUUCUGAAGCAGCUAUUACAAACAGAGAUUCAUACUCUUGAAACUGGGUUGACAAUGCUUGGACCCAAGGCUGUUGAAGCUAAAGGCUCAUCUUUGUCCAGGAAUACCACAACACCUUCUCAGAGAGUGAAGUUACCUACAGCAAGAACAUUAUCAAAGGCAGAGCCUACACUGUCAACCUCACCACCAGAACUGAACAACAUUGGGUUGAACGCAUCUCCAAUUGCUUUAGCUACAAAGCCCUCAUUGGGCACUAGGCUGAAGGAUAACUUGGCUGGUAAGAAGUCAUCAAACAGGAGGAGUAGGGACGAAUGAUGAUACACUUGGUGUUAUGGUGGAAAUAACGAUGUAUUUAUUCAGAUGCUUAUUAAUUUUAUUGGCAUUAUCGACGA